AUGGUCUGGAUAGACGAGCUUCGAGUCGAAACCAACCACAAAGUUAAGUUAGAGACUCGAUCACCCGGGGAGCGGGGAGGGGACGGGGCAUCAGGGCCUGCACCCCCGAGAAGAUCGGGCGAGACGUCGACUGAGCUGUCCGCCGAGCCCGAGGAAACCACACCGAAGAAAGCCGCUCGCCCCACGUCAGUCGAGACCCCCUCCUCGCCAAUCCCGGUCACAACAUCAUCAACCAGAAUGAUUAUCCCCAAAGAAGAUCGCCGAACGAUCUAUGAGAACCUCUUCAAAGAUGGCGUGAUGGUCGCCAAGAAGGACUACGACGCUCCCAAACACGUCGAAUUGGAUGUCAAGAACUUGUACGUCAUCAAGGCUUGCCAAUCCUUGAACUCGCGUGGAUUGAUCAAGACUCAAUUCUCCUGGAAGUUUUACUACUACACCUUAACUGAUGAGGGUAUUGAAUACUUGCGAGAAUGGCUCAACCUACCCUCGGAGAUUGUCCCGGCGACCUUCAAGAAAGUCCAACGAGCCACCCCCGCGGGCCGUCCAGCGCAAUCGAGCGGAGCCUACCGACCCCCACGAGGCGAAGGCGGUGGCGAUCGGGAAGGAUACCGCAAAAAGGAGUCUGGAGCCGACGGUGGUUUCCGUCCUCGAUUCGCUGGGAUCGGCCGUGGUGCUCCCGCCGGUGACGCUCCUGCUACCGGCAGCUGGUGAUCAACUCCUU